UGAUCCCGCAGAUGGCGUUGGUCCAUAAAAAAAUUUAUUUUUUGUAUUCUUGCUCAAUUUUUGGAGAAUAUUUGUAAUCUUUUUAUGAUUAAAACGUAAACGGAAAAUUCUUCAUCUGAAUGAUACGGUCAUUUUUAUAAUGGAUUUAUCCAAUUCAAACACAAUUACCAUGAAACCGUUCAAUAUGCGAUAUGUAUCGUUGGAGAAUUUUCCAUCCAAUGAUCGAAAAUGUUCAAAUCGAGUUGCAGCAAUUAAUCGAUUUCGUGAUGAAUAUCCAAUAAAUUGUCCAUUUAAAUCGAUCAAUUUAUUACGACAAUUUUUGCAGACAAAAAUCAAUCAAGAGAUACGAGACAUUCUUCAGAAAUAUCGUCAAACAUUCCUGGAACCAGUAUUCACCAAUGUCCGUCAAAAUCUGCGAAAUAAUGAAUUGGCCAACGAGUUGGACAUAAAUGCUAUUAUGCAUCAAGUUUUGGAUGAAGCUAAGAAAAUGUUUCCACUUGAUGAAAAUGAUAAAAUGUUGGCCAAAUUACGUCAACAAGAACAGGACAAUGAUUGUGGCAAAGAUAGACAACCGAAUCAUCAUCAUAAUUCUAAUAAUAAUAAUCAACAAACAUCGACUGUACUGAAUAGCAGUGGACGACCACGUGGCCGACCCAAACUAAAUCGUACCGUUUUGAAGACAAAAGCAAAGAGAAAACGUAAUAAAACAAUUAUUUCGAUAAGCAAUGCUAACCAUAAUUUGGUGACAACUGACAAUGACGCCACUGAUAAUUCAACAUUGAAAAAUAAAUUGAUCGAUGAUAAUGAAGGCAAAUGGGACCCUUCACGAUUAUCAACUAAAACAUUGUUUGUGUUGGGCUCAAAGGCAAAUAAAGCAUUGGGAUUCGGUGCAGCUAGAGGUCGGUUAUAUUCAAAACAUGCGAACCUAUUUCGUUAUAUCGGUGAUCAUGAAGACAAAGAAUGGUUACAUAGAAAUCAAUUGAUGCCCACUACUGGUGGCAAAGCAUAUCUACUAGUCAGAGAUGAUAUAAUUGAGCUAUUGAACUCGGAUGAAUAUCGUGAAACACCCGGAGUUGAUAUUGAUGAAAUGGGUGAAGGUUUUACUGUACCACAAUCAAUGAUUGAUAAAAUAUCGACCACAAUGCGUAUGACUGGAAUGAAAAAUCAUUCGAUCAAUCAACAAUCACAUAAAUCAUCAGCUAUAAAUGAUCAAAGAAUUAAAAUUCAUACGGAAUCAAUAUCGGCUGUCAAUACAACUGAAUACGAUAAUUCUGGCCACUUAUUCGACAAUGAUGAUAAUAAUGAUUUUGAUAACAUCAGUGCUGAAGAUGAUGAUGAUGAUGAACAGGAUAAGGAUUUUACAAUUUAGAAUUGAUGAUUAUUGUAAAUUUUAUUUAUUUAUUUUUUUUCAAUUUUUUCCU